UCCAAAGGUAAAGUCUAGACGUCUACCUUUCCUGAAAACCCUUCCCUCGCAUUAAAUCGCGUCUCUUCUACCCUAAAAAUGGAUCCAUCGAAGCUUACCCAGUUGAAGCAAUUCGUCGAACUCUGCAAGUCUGAUCCCGCCGUUCUCACCGAUCCCACGCUCUCCUUCUUUCGCGACUACCUCGAAAGUCUCGGCGGCAAGGUCCCUGCCUCUGCUUACGAGCAUGGACAAACCAAAUCGAAGAGUUCCGCGGUGGAUGAAGAGUACGAGGAUGUGGAGGACGAACCAGAACCGGAACCAGACGCCCCUGAUGAGGAAGAGGACGAAAUAAUUGAAUCGGAUAUUGAACUUGAAGGUGACACUGUGGAGCUUGACAAUGAUCCUCCACAGAAGAUGGGAGACUCGUCUGUCGAGGUGACGGAUGAGAACCGUGAGGCUGCCCAGGAGGCAAAGGCCAAGGCCAUGGAAGCUAUGUCUGAAGGUAAGUUGGACGAGGCAAUUGAGCAUCUGACUGAUUCCAUUUUGUUGAACCCAGCAUCUGCAAUUAUGUAUGCAACACGAGCCACUGUUUAUAUCAAAAUGAAGAAACCAAAUGCUGCUAUCCGGGAUGCCACUGCAGCUCUAGAAAUUAACCCAGAUUCUGCAAAGGGAUACAAGUCCCGUGGCAUGGCAAGGGCAAUGCUUGGUCAGUGGGAAGAUGCUGCAAAGGAUCUUCACUUGGCGUCAAGGCUAGAUUAUGAUGAGGAGAUAAAUGCUGUACUAAAGAAGGUUGACCCAAAUGUACAUAAGAUUGAAGAACAUCGUAGGAAGUAUGACCGGCUGCGUAAAGAGAGAGAGGAACGUGAGAAGCAACGCCGCCGUGCUAAAGCACAGGCCGAGUAUGAGAAGGCCAAGAAGCAAGAGGAGUCAUCUUCUAGCAGAAGACCUGGGGGCAUGCCUGGUGGGUUUCCAGGUGGGAUGCCUGGAGGCUUUCCAGGAGGGAUGCCUGGUGGAUUUCCGGGUGGGAUGCCUGGAGGCUUCCCAGGAGGAAUGCCUGGUGGAUUUCCAGGUGGGAUGCCGGGAGGGAUGCCUGGAGGGAUGCCAGGAGGGAUGCCCGGGAAUGUCGAUUUCAGCAAAAUAUUGAAUGACCCUGAAUUGAUGACUGCCUUUAGUGACCCAGAAGUCAUGGCUGCUCUCCAAGAUGUAAUGAAGAACCCUGCUAAUCUUGCAAAGCAUCAAUCAAACCCAAAGGUGGCGCCUGUAAUUGCCAAGAUGAUGAACAAAUUUGGAGGACCAAAAUGAUUGCCCGUCGAAAUUCACUUCAUGCUUCUGGUAAUUAAUUUAUAAUUCAAGCACAAUGUAUUGUAAUAUUAUCGGGGAGUGAGAUGUGUCAUUAGAGGCUGAGGAUUGAAAAGUUUUAAAAAACUUGAUGAAUUCUCUUCAAGAUUGGAUGGCCAGAAUUUCAUGAGAUUUCAAGUGGACAAAUCAAUUUUGCUCAUCAAUCAUUUUUCUUGGUCA